UACGCAUGCCAUUUCUAAAAUUUAUUCAAUAUAAACGCUUCUAGAUGUUGGCGCUUGAUGGAACAUUACACAUCGUACGGACGUAUCGUUACAGAUUGUUACAGAAUACGCAAAGUCCCAUAUAAAAAUGGGUUCGUUAGUUGUCCUGUCGCCUGUUGCUGUGGAAACCCGCAUUGUUUCCAUUUUCAGCUCGACUCAAGGGUCAGUUCGGGCGUGUCCUACCCAUCCCACCUCUGUCCCCCACUAUGGGUGCUCCCGCAUUUUCGCAAUUCGUAAUUCGCCCUUCGCAUGCUGCAAGUUUUAAGACCACUCAAGACCGCACAUUCCAACCUACCCUCCCUAUCGUGAAUGUCUCUCAGCCUUGCUUGAAGCGAGGUGGCGUUCUUAGAUAUGGGCGUUCAACAACCUUACAUGUACGACAGCGACAGGCGCGAUUCGAGAUUGCCUGAAAAACCAUUCGACCCUAAGGCCAUCACCAGAGCGAGCUGGACACCACAGCCCAAGAAAAAGAAGAAGCAAAAUGGCCCUUUAUUAGGCUUUGGUCGGCAUCCCGAUGCACAAGCUGUUCCAACUGGCCGGACUUUAUUCUUUCGCCCCAUGAGUAGCACCACCAAAGGGUGGAUCAAGUCUAUGAGAUAUGUCCAAUUAUUUCUUCGCGUACUCGAGAUGAUCGGGGGAGGCGGUCUGCUUACCCUCAUGAUUCUAAUCGGGAAUGUUGAUCCUCUAACUGCUUGGGUCAUGAGAAUCACGCCCGGUGUAGUAGCUAUCAGCUGCGUUUAUGCCAUCUGGCAUUUCAUCCGACCCGUCAAUGCAAGACCGCCCGCUUCUUCAGCGGCUUACCAACUAUUCGCCGGUGUUAUGGACCUGGCUGUAGUACCGCUCUACGCUUUUGGCGCGAUCUCUGUCAACAACCACGGCACCGAAUGGAAGCUGAUUAUAACGGCUUCCUCUCAGCUUACUGAGAUCCUGGUCCAGAGCGAGUACUACCUCCUCAUCAGCGCCGGCGGUCUUCAUGUGGUCUCACUUGGUAUCUCGAUCUACCUUGGUCUCAUGUUCCGGCGCAUCGCAAUUAUGCCGCCGGAUAUGAACCCGCUCGAGAGCCAUCUGACCUCGCGCGCCAACCAGCACAAGCGCAACAAGUCAUCAGUCGCAACGAGUUACACUGCUGUUUCUGACGACACGAGUUCGAAGCGAUUCUCCGGGCUAGAAAGCCAUCGCAACUCAGGCGCGACUUUCGAGGACCUCUCCAGGCCCCCGAGUAUCCCGUUCAUGCACACGCGCACCGGAUCGCGAGACUCCUUCGCUUCGUCUAAGCGCGACUCCCGCGCCGACCUGCCGAGCAGACAGUACCAGAUCACUCCGGGCAACUCGCCCCGCAAUAGUGUUGCGGACAUGAAGCGCAUGUCGAACGGAUCAGGUCUGACCAUCUCAACCUCACGCACAGCGCAACGCGGCAACUACACUGAGGUCCCGCUACACGAGACAGGAGUCUCAACACCAACAUCCUCGCGGCCAUCCAGCGGCGUGACACUAGCCCCGAUGCCCUCGCCCUCAGCGCAACAACCGAUCAACGCAUCGCCGACUCGCGUCGCCAAGUUCACAGAAGCAUGGUACGCAUCCGAAUCGCUAAUCAACCGCACACAAGAGCGUCAACGCGCAAUGAACGCCGCAGAGCGCCGACGCGAGCGCGAGUCGCGCCAAUACGAAGCCGUGAACCAACGAUACACCUUCGACGAAGACGACAGCUCAGAUGACCGCGACUCAGACCGCGAGAACAACUACGACGUCAUCGGGCCAGACUACUCCGACAUCGAAGACGACGGCGCGCCUAGCAGCCCUAUCAACGUCACCGCACAUCUUCACCCGAACCCACUCCGCCUAAACCCAAUCCCCGCCACACCCCCCAAAGACGCCAUCGCAGGACGGCAGAAAACGCCCUUCCAACGCGACGGCGAAAGCGAGGCUCUGUCUGACGUGAACCUCAACGACAGACGCGUCAGCGGCAGCCGCGACAUCGCAGACCAGCAGCCCUCGUCCACAUCCGGCGUCACCUCCUUCUGGCGCCGCAGCACAAUCGGUAAAUCCAAACCGAAUCUCAGCCCGCGGAAUCGCAACUCCUCGAUCCAGCCCGAUGGCGAUUUCUACGCUAAACCGUACGGCGAGCUGAAGUCUGCUACGCCGCCUAUCAUGAUGGGGACAGGUGGGAAUGUGAGUGGUGGUGGGGGACGCCAGGUUUCGUCUGGGAAUGAUUAUGGCGAUUUGGGGAGUGCGGGUAUGGGGGUUGCGCAGUCGUAUAGACGGAAUGUGAGUGGGAAGGUUGCGGAGGAGGGGUUGGCUGGGAAGAGGUAUUCGCGGUAUAGUAUUUUGAAUGAGGAUUGAGGGGGCUGGGUUGGGAUUAAGGGGGGGAAGGGUUGUGGGGGAUGUUGGGGGAGGGAUUGGGAUCGAGUGAUUUCUAUGAUACCGCCUGGAGUUAGUCGCUACCUGGUUUUUAUUGGAUUUUUUGGAAGGGUGGAGGGCGGAGGGGGAAGGGGAGAGAGGAAAGGAACGGUGAACUGUGAACUGUGGUCUAGUCAAGAUGUGGUGAUUGAUAUGAUGAUGACUCACGGGUGUAAUACUAGGUAUAUAAGGGAUACUGGGGCUGGCUAGGUUAGGGAUCUGGUCUCAAUGGGAUAAUAACUGUUGUUUAAGAGUUGAAGGUGUUGAUGAGUGAGAUGUUGAAUGAUGGCUUUGAACGGGUUGGUUGGGCAUGCUUCAGAUGGAUAGCAAGUAAAAAAAUACAUCGACUUAUUGUAGAAAUAUGUGUUCUGGGUUAUGUUUAUCGUAGUCAUUGCUUUCGAAUAUUGGACAUCCAUUCCUAUUUACAUGCCAUUCUUCCAUAUCCAGUCGUCAAUCUACCAUAAAAGGGCUAUUACCACAAAGGUUCCAGGGUAGUCGUAAAGCCCAAGUCAUCACAGUGAAU